AUGGACAAUGAGCAGCGUGUCUUCAGAAGGAAGUUAGUGGAUAUUCAGGGGAUUCCCCUUUUCUAGAGCAUUGCUGAAGAGUGGUUUCAAGUUGAAUUGUUUGAGGCCUGACCAGAUGAUACUCUGAUCUCUACCUAUCCCAAAUCUGGGAUGACCUGGAUCAGUGAAAUAUUGGAUUUGAUCUUUAACAAUGGGGAUGCAGAGAAAUGUAAAUGGGAUGCAAUAUACAAGCGAGUGACUUUCAUGGAACUUAUAAUUCCUGGACUCACAAAUGGUGUUGAGCAGUUGAAAAACAUGCAGUCUCCUCGAUUAGUGAAAACACACCUGCCUGUUCAACUUCUCCCUUCUUCAUUUUGGAAGAAUAACUGUAAGAUGAUCUACGUGGCAUGGAAUGCCAAAGAUGUGGCUGUGUCUUAUUAUUAUUUCCACCAGAUGGCAAAAAUGCACCCAGAUCCUGGAACUUGGGAGGAGUUCCUGGAUAAAUUCAUGACUGGAAAGUUGUGUUUUGGUUCCUGGUAUGACCAUGUGAAGGGCUGGUGGGAAAAGAAGAAAGAUUAUCGUAUCCUUUACCUAUUUUAUGAAGACAUGAAAGAGAAUCCUAAGUGUGAAAUUCAGAAGGUGUUAAAGUUUCUGGAGAAAGACAAGCCAGAAACAAUUGUGGAUAAAAUCCUCCAUCACAGCUCUUUUGAUGUGAUGAAGCAGAACUCUUGUACAAAUUAUACUACUAUGGGAAAGAAUGAGAUGGACCAUUAUGUGUUUCCCUUCGUAAGGAAGGGUGUUUCAGGAGACUGGAAGAAUCAAUUCACUGUAGCCCAGUAUGAGAAAUUUGAAGAUUAUGAAAAAAAAAUGAAAGAGUCCACACUGCAGUUUCGGUCAGAAAUCUAAGAAGUACCUGCUUUUUCUCAAUCUCCUUUAGUUAGCACUUAAUUUAUAAGAAAAAAAUCUUUCCUGUAUUUGGUAAAGGAAAAUUCAGUAGUGAUGUAUUUCUUAUUUACCCACAU